GGAGAAAGAAAGACAAUUCGUUGUUUAACUGUUGGUCGCCAUUUUGAGAACCUGCGAACAGCCUUUGGAGGUGGUUGUUGAGCAGCAGGACCUUUAAUUCUUUUGGUAUUUUAAAAAUAAUUUUUGCCUAUAUUAGGACCAAUGUCUCGAUUCAACAAUAAUCGUGGCGGCUUUGGAAUGAAUCAUUUCCAGCCGCGCAGAGGUGGGCCCGGCGGCCCCAUGCGAGGUGGGCUUAUGGGAAACCCAAAUUUUAGGAAUAAUCCUUUCCAGAAUCAAAAUCAAAACCGAAGGGGGCACAACUUCAACAGACCACCACACCAAGGAUCGCAGAACACUCCCCAGAAGCCGCAACAGAACCAGUCGCUACCCAUCAUCCCUCCGCCGACUCCAGGCCCGGCUCUCACGAUGGAAGGCCCAAUUAAGCAGCAGCAACAGCAGCAGAAACCGGCGCAAGAGCAGCAGAAAUCCACAACCCCUGGGCCCCAGCCGAAGGUUCAGUCACCACCACCCAAACCUAACGUGACCUCCCCUCAGCCAAACCAGGCAAACAAGAACCUGAACCAGCAGCUGAAGUCACCCGUGGCAAAUGCUAACGGACAGCAGCAGAAGCCGACUCCACACCCAAGCCCGAAAGCAGUUGGGCCGCAGCAAGGUCAGAAACCAAGCCCUCAACAAAGCCAGAAGCCAGGACCCCAGCAGGGCCAGAAGCCAGGACCCCAGCAGGGCCAGAAGCCGGGACCCCAGCUGGGCCAGAAGCCGGGACUCCAGCAAGGCCAGAAGCCUGGACCUCAACAAGGCCAGAGACCAGGACUUCAAGGCCAAAAUGCAGGGCCACCGGCCAUGAAAGUCAAAGUGGAGCCCAGUCAACAGUCACAAGAGACCAUGAACACUGACGCAAGUCGGUCAGAAGAGAGCCAAUCUAAGGCUGAGUUCAAGGCGACGCUGUCCAUGUUGCUGAAGCCAGGUGAGAAGUCCUACACACAGCGGUGCCGCUUGUUUGUUGGUAACCUGCCCAACGACAUCACAGAGGACGAUUUCAGGAAGAUGUUUGCAAAAUAUGGGGAGCCCACUGAGGUCUUUAUCAACAAGGGGAAAGGCUUUGGUUUCAUCCGACUGGAAUCUCGGGCACUUGCAGAGAUAGCAAAAGCUGAGCUGGAUGACACACCGAUGAAGGGCAGACCCUUGCGUGUCCGAUUUGCUACACACUCUGCAGCGCUGUCUGUAAAGAAUCUGUCACCAUUUGUAUCCAAUGAACUCCUAGAGGAAGCUUUCUCACAGUUCGGAAUGGUAGAGAGGGCCAUCGUGGUUGUAGAUGAUCGUGGACGCUCCACGGGCAGAGGAAUCGUUGAAUUUGCCUCCAGACCUGCUGCCAGAAAGGCUUUAGAGCGGUGUAACGAGGGGGUCUUCCUGCUCACUACGUCUCCUCGGCCUGUUGUUGUCGAGCCUCUGGAGCAGUACGAUAGUGAAGAUGGUCUUCCAGAGAAGUUGGCGCAGAAGAACCCCAAAUAUAAAACAGAGCGUGAGGAGCCUCCUCGCUUUGCCCGUCCAGGCACUUUUGAGUUUGAGUAUGCAAAGCGCUGGAAAUCCCUUGAUGAAAUGGAAAAGCAGCAAAGACAACAGGUGGAGAAGAACAUGCGCGAGGCUCGUGACAAACUCGAGAGUGAGAUGGAGGAUGCUUACCAUGAGCACCAGGCCAAUCUGCUCCGUCAAGAUCUGUUGAGGCGACAGGAAGAGCUGAGGCGUAUGGAGGAGAUGCACAAUCAGGAGAUGCAAAAGAGGAAGGAAAUGCAGCUCAGACAAGAGGAAGAGCGGCGCAGACAGGAGGAGGAGAUGCUUCGGAAGAGAGAGUUAGAAGAACAGAUGCGCCGUCAGCGUGAGGAGAACUACAGGAUGGGCAGCUUUAUGGAUAGGGACAGAGAAAUGAGAAUGCAUCCUGGUGGAGCUUUGGGCAUGGGUGAUAUGUCCUUUGGUGGAUCCUCACAGAAAUUCUCUAUGGGCGGACUUGGGUUUGAGAGUCAGCAGGGAAUGGGAGGACCAGGAGGCCUGAUGGGCAACGAAAUGCGCAAUGAGCGCUUCACUCCGGGUGGUGCGAGGGGAAUGGGUCCUGGUAACCCCGGGUAUGGCAGGGUCCGCGAGGAGUUUGAUGGUCCUGCUAAGAAACCCCGUUUUUAAACGCUGCUCUUUUGAUGCUUCCAGCAGCACCAUUUGUACAGUUUUUCUCUAAAAACAAAAAUGUUGAUUCAAAUUUCUUGUAUUUAAGUUUAAAUUGUUACAACAUUUUAGCCAAUUUACUCAGUUAUUGAAAGUCAAUAUUUUCAUUUUUUACUUUGUCUCUAGUCUGAAAAGAGAAGUUACUCUUAGGUGAUCCAGUUGUUCUUUUUGACCAUGUAUAAUUUUCUUUCUUUUUUUUUCUUUUUUUUUUUUUUUUAAAGAUGUGUUAUGCUCUGUGAGUCGUCGUGAAGUGCUAACUGUAACAUUUUUUCUGAACUUCCUAUGGCUGUGUUUUGUGCCAUGCAUUUGGAGUCAACGCAUGUACUAUAAUAAAGAGACAUUGGUUCAAUCAGGAAAAA